AUGAAGGCCAAUCUUCUUACGAUUGCCGCUCUGGCAGUGACUGCACAUGCGCAGGUCCAUCGCGUGCCCCACCAUCGCCAUGCGCACCUGAAGAAGGACGAGCCCGUGGCUGCACCAAGCUACAGUGGUGGUAGUUCCAGCGAUGGUGGCUCGGGUGGUUCAGGCUCAGGGGCCUCCGGUCUGGGCAUUGCUUAUUCGCCGUAUCGCGCCGACGGUACCUGCAAGGACUCUUCCGAGGUCAAGAGCGAUUUCGAGAAGAUUAAUGGCUAUGGCAUGGUCCGACUGUACGGCACCGACUGCCAUCAGACUGCCAACGUGCUUGCCGCGGCGAAGCCCAAGAACAUGAAGAUCAUGGCGGGCAUCUUCGAUAUCAAUAAUGUUGCGGACGAGGCACAGUGCAUAAUCGAGGCCGCAAAGAACGAUUGGGACAGCAUCCACACAGUGAGUGUUGGCAAUGAGUUGGUCAACCAGGGCACACCGGCUGGCACUGUCGUUGCUGCCAUUGGGACUGCACGUGAUGUGCUCCAGGGCGCCGGUUACAAUGGAAACGUCGUCACCGUUGACACGUUCGUCGCCAUGAUCGCCAACCCGUCCAUUUGUGAGGCCUCGGACUACGCGGCUGCCAACUGCCACGCUUUCUUCGAUGGCGGCAGGACCGCAGAGCAAGCCGGACCCUUCGUUAAGGAGCAAGCCGAGCGCGUCAAGAAUGCCUGUGGUGGGAAGAAGACCGUCAUCACGGAGUCCGGAUGGCCGUGGAAGGGCGAGUCGAACGGUGUGGCCGUUGCCGACAAGCAGAACCAGGGUGUCGCGAUCCAGUCCCUCAAGGACAACUUCAGCAAGAACCUCGUCUUGUUCACUGCAUUUGAUGACCUGUGGAAGAAGGAUAGUGGAGACACUUACGGAUGUGAGAAAUAUUACGGAAUUUUGUAG